AUGAAGCUUCUCCUUACUCUCUUAUUGUUUUUUGUAUCAGUUGCUUAUUCAUGCCAUCCAUCUAAGUCUACGAAGACGGUCACCAAAAAACCGGCAACUCCGACGACAACGACAACUCAGAAACCUCAGACUCCAGUAACAGAAGCACCUAUCACACCGACCACAACGAUCACAACGACUACUACAACAACAACUAUUUCACCAUCGGAAUGUGAUGCAUCCGUCACGUGUGAUCUAAAUGCGAUUACUCCCAUAUCGGACAGUGUGUACGAAUUCAACAGCAUUGUACAACCUGCAGACAGUGAGGGAUGUGUAAAGACAACCAUUACAUGCAAAAAAGCAUCCCCUGAAGCUUGUCCAUUCACACCAGAUAUUGUUGCUGUGAAUGCGGACGGCGAGUUUUCUGUGGUAGCCAACUUUAAUGUGAAUCAGGCUUCGUGGGAUGUAACGUGCAGGAAAAACGGAAAACUGUCACUCACCCAGAGUGGAACAGAGCUGUGA